AUGACUCCCGCCCUCCUUGAAGAUCCGAAGGUCGACGUGGCGCCUUUGGCUCAGCCGCUAAAUUUCGCUUUUGCCGGGAAACAAGCAAAAAAUAGAUUCUUCAAAGCCGCAAUGGCCGAGAAUCUAGCAAACUGGGAUGAAAAUGAUCGUACCACGUCAGGCAUUCCUGGGCAGGACCUGAUCAAUCUUUAUAAGCGCUGGGGCGAGGGUGGUUGGGGUACUAUCCUAACUGGCAAUAUACAAAUCCAGUAUCACAUGCCAGGAAGCCCUGGAGACAUGAUGAUUGAUCCUAGUUCACCCCUAGAAGGGAGCCGAUUUGAGGGUUUCCAAGCACUAGCCAAAGCUGCAAAAGCCAAUGGAAGCCUGAUAAUAGGGCAGAUAUCACAUGUUGGGAGGAAAACUUCUUUUAACCUGGUCAAAGAAGCGAUCUCGGCCUCAGCCAUGUCGAUGGACACUUCAUCAGGACCCGAGAGGAAAUUUCCACCCGUUCGUGCAGCGACGCAAGACGACAUUGUGCAACUCAUUAGAGGAUUCGCUCAUGCGGCGGAAUACCUUGAUAAAGCCGGCUUCGACGGCGUCGAACUACAUGCGGCCCACGGCUAUCUCCUUGCACAGUUUUUGUCAGGUGCGACGAACAAGCGUACAGAUGAGUACGGUGGCUCGUUACGGAACCGCAUGCGUCUCCUGAUCGAAAUUGGCAAAGAGAUACGGCGGCGUACAUCACCCGGGUUUAUCAUCGGCGCUAAGCUAAAUAGCGUCGAGUUUCAGGAAGACGGCGUUAACCCAGAGGAGGCGCAAGAGCUAUGCUGCGUAUUACAGAACAAAAUACGGUUUGAUUUCGUUGAGCUGAGCGGAGGCAACGUCGAGGGCCUCGCGUCGCUAUCGCCAAAGGAGUCGACACGGAAACGCGAAGCAUUUUUCCUUGAUUUUGCCGAGACUAUUGUCCCUGCAAUGGUUGACCCUUCAACAGGUAAGCGCAAGACUAAAGUCGUACUCACUGGUGGUCUGCGCUCAGCUGGUGGGAUGGUGAAAGCACUAGAGGUUGUUGAUGCGAUCGCUAUGGGAAGGCCGGCUACGCAGGAGCCUUCUGCCCCUGCUGAUCUCCUUUCUGGAAAAGCCGACAGCAUGCCUAGGCCUGCUUCUCCAUUUGACGUCGACAUUAAACUCGGGGUGGUCGCAUCUAUGGCGCAAAUGAGGCAGAUCUGCAAGGGAGAACAGCCUUUCGAUCUAACCGAUGAGGAAGUGGCCGCCCGUUUCAUGGAGUCUUUGAACGCGAAGGGAAAAUAG